UGCGUGUCUCCUCUGCACCGGCCCCCGCGGUGGAGCUGGGCGGCAGCACCGACGCCGCAGCUUCUGCCCGCAGCGCGCUCGCCUGCACCCGCAGCUCCUAGGAGCCCGAGCCGCGGCGCCCGCAGCCCCGGGUCGGCGGCUCACCGCCCAGGAAGGCUGAGCUGACCUGCGCUGCAGGCGGCUGGCGAGGGCGGCGUGGGAGAGUACGCGGAGACGCAGGGGCGGCCGCGCCGGGGUGACAAGCUGCGCACCUGGAAAGUUACCCGGCUGUCUGGUGAGGUCCUUGAGCAAAAUGGGAAAUGGUUCUAUGAAACCCAAACAUUCCAAGCACCCAGAUGGCCACUCCGGGAACCUCACCAAUGAUGCCCUGCGGAACAAGGUGACAGAGCUAGAGAGAGAGCUGAGGAGGAAGGAAGCUGAGUUCCAGGAGCAGGAGUACCAUUUGAAGGAGCUGCGGGAACAGAUAUCGAAGCAGACUGUGGCCAUCGCAGAGAUCACGGAGGAGCUCCAGAACAAGUGCAUCCAGCUGAAUAAGCUUCAGGAUGUGGUGCACAUCCAGGGAGGAAGCCUGCUUCCGGCCUCUCCAGAAAAAGUGCAUCUUGAGGUCCACCGGAAGACUUCGGGAUUGGUCUCUCUCCACAGCAGAAGGGGUGCAAAGGCUGGGGUGUCUGCUGAGCCAACAACCCGAACUUAUGACCUCAACAAACCCCCUGAAUUUUCAUUUGAGAAAGCAAGAAUUCGAAAGGACUCCAGUGAGAAGAAGCUCAUUACAGAUGCUCUCAAUAACAAUCAGUUUUUGAAGAGAUUGGAUCCUCAGCAGAUCAAAGACAUGGUAGAAUGCAUGUAUGGAAGGAGCUACCAACAUGGGAGUUACAUUAUUAAGCAAGGAGAACCAGGAACCCACAUCUUUGUGCUGGCAGAGGGCCGAUUAGAGGUGUUCCAAGGUGAGAAAUUGCUGUCAGCCAUCCCUAUGUGGACCACAUUUGGGGAACUAGCCAUUUUAUACAACUGUACAAGGACCGCUUCUGUGAAAGCUAUUACCAAUGUUAAAACUUGGGCACUAGAUCGAGAGGUAUUCCAGAACAUAAUGAGAAGGACAGCUCAAGCUAGAGAUGAACAAUACAGAAACUUCCUCAGAAGUGUAUCCUUGCUGAAGAAUUUACCUGAAGACAAGUUAACCAAGAUCAUUGACUGCUUAGAAGUGGAAUACUAUGACAAAGGAGAUUAUAUUAUACGAGAGGGCGAGGAAGGAAGUACCUUUUUCAUUUUAGCCAAAGGAAAGGUAAAAGUCACCCAGAGUACAGAGGGCCACGAUCAACCACAACUGAUAAAAACACUGGAGAAAGGAGAAUAUUUUGGAGAAAAAGCUCUUAUCAGUGAAGAUGUCAGAUCAGCUAACAUUAUUGCUGAAGAAAAUGAUGUCGCAUGCCUGGUUAUAGAUCGAGAAACGUUCAACCAAACAGUCGGCACUUUUGAAGAACUCCAAAAAUACCUUGAAGGGUAUGUGGCAAACCUGACCCGUGAUGAUGAAAAAAGACAUGCAAAGAGGUCCAUGUCUAACCGGAAGCUGUCCAAAGCUCUCUCUCUCGAGAUGAUUCAACUGAAGGAGAAGGUGGCCAGAUUCUCCUCCUCAUCCCCAUUCCAGAACCUUGAGAUUAUUGCAACACUGGGCGUUGGUGGGUUCGGAAGAGUUGAGCUUGUUAAAGUAAAAAAUGAGAAUGUUGCUUUUGCUAUGAAGUGUAUAAAGAAGAAGCACAUAGUUGACACUAAGCAACAAGAGCAUGUCUACUCCGAGAAGCGGAUCCUGGAGGAGCUGUGCUCCCCCUUUAUUGUAAAAUUAUAUCGUACUUUCAAGGACAAUAAAUACGUAUACAUGCUUCUGGAAGCCUGCCUAGGUGGCGAGCUAUGGAGUAUAUUAAGGGACAGAGGCAGCUUUGAUGAAUCCACCUCCAAGUUCUGUGUUGCUUGUGUGACAGAAGCAUUUGAUUACCUGCAUCGACUAGGUAUUAUCUACAGAGACCUGAAGCCAGAAAACUUAAUACUAGAUGCUGAAGGUUACCUGAAAUUGGUUGACUUUGGAUUUGCUAAGAAAAUAGGAUCUGGACAGAAAACAUGGACAUUCUGUGGAACUCCAGAGUAUGUAGCGCCUGAAGUCAUUCUCAACAAAGGGCAUGACUUCAGUGUGGAUUUUUGGUCCCUGGGAAUUCUAGUGUAUGAGCUCCUAACGGGCAACCCACCCUUUUCUGGGAUUGAUCAAAUGAUGACCUACAAUAUGAUUCUCAAAGGAAUUGAAAAAAUGGAUUUUCCCAGAAAAAUUACAAAACGACCUGAGGAUUUGAUUCGGAGGCUUUGCAGGCAAAAUCCAACAGAAAGACUGGGAAAUCUGAAGAAUGGGAUCAAUGACAUUAAGAAACACAGGUGGUUAAAUGGUUUUAAUUGGGAGGGACUGAAAGCUCGGAACCUUCCAUCACCUUUACAAAGAGAGCUCAAUGGACCCACAGAUCACAGCUACUUUGACAAGUAUCCUCCUGAAAAGGGAGUGCCUCCAGAUGAGCUGUCAGGCUGGGAUAAAGACUUCUGACAGAAAAAA